GUCGGCAUCUUUUUGUGGCAAGACCGGAAUUUUGUGUACUUUGGUAACCUGGAGCAGACUUUUCGGAGGCGAUGCAGAUCCAUACAGACACGAGGCGGCUCAGCUGUUUGUGGUUCCGUUUGCAGAAUCCAAUAGGGAGGAAGAGGCCCGAAAUGCGUCGUCGAUUCGGCUACCGCGGAAGUUCUUAUUCCAGCCUCUGCUUUCCACCAUCAACACUUUUCCUUCAUCGCUGUCAAGAUCGCCAUUGUCUAACCUUGCAAGUCAGCUCUGCAGCCAAGCUGAGAUCCUUGCAUAUCGCACUGCAUCGAGCUUGCAGCUACUCCGCAGCAAAGAAGGACGGCGAAAAACCACUUGGUUGCUGAGUACAGUACUGCCGCGUACCGGAAACACUCGCCACCUCUUUCUCACCUUUAAGCGUAGGCAACGUCAGCCACUAAAAGUUACACUUGCCCUUCACGACCUUCUAAGCCCAUGUGUUUCGUCUUA